AUGGCAUCUGAUAAACGGGAUCUCCUUCCUGGAGACCAAGCUGCCACUGCAGAGGGCAACUCCAAGAAAAGCCCCUCGCCUACACGAACUGCGACGUUCAAAGACUACUUUCGUGUCUUUUCUUAUGCAAACAAUUGGGAUCUCAUCGUCUACGCUUCUGGCGUGGUGGCUGCGAUCGGUUGUGGAGUCACCACGCCCAUGAUGUUUGUCAUGUUUGGAAGCUUUGUUGGGGAAUUUACUAGUUUUACCAAUGGAGACAUCAGCGAGGGCCUCGAUGGGUUCCGAGACUCUCUCGACAAGCUAUGUCUCUACGUGUUUGCCCUCUUCAUCGCCCGUUUCGGCCUAAGCGCUAUUCACAGGUUUGCGUUCCGCAUGACUGGUAUUCGAAUUUCGGCAGCUAUCAGACUUCACUAUGUUCGACACCUCUUCAACCAAACGAUUCAUGUCCUUGACUCCCUCCCACCCGGCCACGCCGUCGGCACCAUCACGUCAAGCAGCAACACCCUGCAAAUUGGCGUCUCUGAGAAGCUCGGCACAUUCAUCGAAUACACUUCUCUCAUCAUCGCCUCUCUCAUCGUGGCCUUGACCUGGAACUGGGAACUGGCACUCGUCACUUUAUCCGGCCUCGUUGUCAUCGUCCUGAUCGUCGGCACCUUGUUUCCCCUCACCGUCAAAGGCCAAGCCCGCCAAGCCCAGUCGGAAGGACGGGCAGCAGGCCUUGCCAGCGAGUCUUUUGCUAGUAUUCGCAUGAUUAUGGCAUGUGGUGCGCAGCAGCAGAUGGUGGACAGGUAUGGCGCCUCGAUUGAGGAGGCCAAGAAGCACGCACGAGCUACAAUCCCGCUCACGUCGCUCCAAUUUGCCUUGACAUUCUUUGGUGUCUUUGCCACUGUCGCCCUCACGUUCUGGUAUGGCACUCUGAUCUUCACCAAGGGCAGACUAGAUGACGUCGGUGUUAUCAUCGUUGUUCUAAUGAAUCUCACCACCAUUUUCUUUUCCAUGGACCGUGUUUCGGCCCCCAUGCAAGCCAUGGGGAAAGCUUCCCUCGCCGCCUGCGAGUUCUUCUCCCUCAUCGACGCACCUGCACCUGACAGAGGCUCACUUAGGGAGCCUCAGGUAUCUGCUACGGACGAUAUUAUCUUUGGCGGUGUCACUUUUGCAUAUCCGAGCAGACCUAACGUCAAGAUUCUUGAUGAGCUUGACUUGCGCAUCGAAGCUGGCAAGAUCACAGCCAUCGUGGGACCCUCGGGUUCUGGGAAAAGCACCAUCGUUGGUCUGAUUGAGCGUUGGUACUCCCUCACACAGCAAUAUGCGAUUAUCAAGGCGAUACAGGAUGAGGAGAACAAAAAGAAGAAGGAGGAGGAAGGUGAUGAGUCGACCGGCGUUGAAUUACAGGAGACUGGAGAUGCAGUUGAGCUGCGGGGAAGUGUCACGACCUGUGGCCAUUCUCUUGACGAGAUCGACAUCAAGUGGUGGCGAUCGCAAAUUGGUCUCGUUCAGCAAGAACCGUUCUUGUUCAACGAUACAAUCUACGAGAAUGUCGCCAGAGGAUUAAUCGGGUCUCGCUGGGAGGAAGAGCCCGAAGAGGUCAAGAGGGGGCUCGUCAAGAAAGCCUGUCAAGAGGCCUUUGCCGAUGAGUUUAUUGACAAGCUUCCCCAGGGAUACGAUACCAAGGUCGGUGAUGGCGGCGCUGGACUCUCAGGUGGCCAACGUCAACGCCUCGCAAUCGCGCGAUCCAUCGUCAAGAGACCUUCCAUCCUCAUUCUCGACGAAGCAACGAGCGCCAUCGACGUCCGUGGCGAGCGUAUCGUACAGGAGGCACUCAACAAGGCCGCCCAAGGUCGAACGACCAUCAUCAUCGCCCAUCGACUCUCCACCAUCAAGAACGCGGAUCGCAUCGUGGUUCUCAAGAAGGGCAAGGUCGUUGAGUCUGGCACACACGAGAGUUUAAUCUCUGCAGAUGGUGUCUAUGCUGGCCUCGUCAAUGCUCAGGCUCUAUCCUCUGGGGACUCUUCAGAGGAGGACAUAUAUGAUGGGUUUGACACGGAAGACAUGGACACUCUGAGCCGCGAAAAGAGCCAUGCAGUCUCUGAAUACGGCGAUCACCUACAAUCCGACAAGCACCAAGGCGGAAAGGACCGUGGUUUCUUUGGAAGCUUUGGCCGAUUCUUUUUCGAGUCCAAGACCUACUGGGGCCUCAUGAUCUUCUCCUUCAUCGCUUCUAUCGCAGCGGGUACAGCGCAGCCCUUGUACGCCUGGAUUUUUUCCAGGUCCAUUGAUCUAUUCAAGUAUCAGGAUGAUCACUCCAAGCUCAUGGACAAGGUGGACUUUAUGGGUAUCAUGUGGACUGUUUUUGCAGCUUCUGCCGCCAUCGCCUAUUACUUCACCUUCAUCUCCUCCGGUCGCGUCGCAUCCUUCAUCCGAGCAAAGUACCAGACGCAGUAUUUCUCUUCGCUCAUCUUCCAGCGAGCUGCAUACUUUGACGAAGACGGGCACUCCCACGGCACAUUAGUCUCACGCGUGAGGGAUGACCCCCUGAAACUCGAGGAAAUGAUGGGCACCAACAUCGCCCAGGUCUGCAUCGCCGUCUUCAACGUCAUCGGUGGUCUAUUAAUGGCCCUCGUGUACAGUUGGAAGCUCGGCCUCGUGUCAAUGGCUGCUGUGACCCCAGUGUGUGUCUUUUCGGGCUACCUUCGGUUCCGGUAUGAGCUACAGUUUGAGAGGAUGAACGACGAGGUCUUUGCCGAAAGUUCGCAAUUCGCGUCUGAGGCUAUCAACGCCUUCCGAACCGUUUCCUCAUUAACUCUCGAGGACUCUAUCUCUGCUCGCUUCGAAAAGCUAUGCCACGGCCACGUCUCCUCGGCGUUCAAAAAGGCUCGCUGGGUCAGCAUUAUUCUCGGGUUCUCUGAUAGCGCUACUCUAGGCUGCCAAGCUCUCAUUUUCUACUACGGCGGUCGGCUCCUCACUCAGGGAGAGAUUGGCGUCAUGGGCUUCUUUGUGUGUCUGAUGGCCAUGAUGAAUGCCGCAGAGGGAUUUGGCCAGAGCUUGAGUUUCGGUCCCAACGCUGCCCAAGCAGCUGCUGCGUCGAACCGUAUCCUAGAUGCGAGGGAGUCUCACUUGAUGGAACCUCUUGGGAAGGGGGAUAUCCCUGACGCUGAGGGUGGUAUCACGAUUGAGCUUCGUGAUGUCCGCUUGAGGUACGCCGGUCGAAAGACGCCUGUUCUGAACGGGUUAAACAUGACUAUCGAAAAGGGGCAGUUUGUUGCUUUGGUCGGUGCCUCAGGUUGUGGCAAAACAAGCAUUAUUUCUUUGCUUGAGAGACUCUACCAGCCUGAGAAGGGCCAGAUUCUCUGCAAUGGAAAGGAUAUCUCGGAUGUUAACAUCUAUACCUAUCGCAAGCAUCUGUCUCUCGUCGCUCAAGAGCCCACUCUCUUCCAGGGCACACUCCGAGACAACAUCCUUCUUGGAAUCGACCCCAGCACCAUCACCGACGAUCAGCUACACGCCGCCUGCCGCGACGCCUCAAUCCACGACUUCAUCGCCUCCCUCCCCGAAGGCUACAACACCAACAUCGGCUCCCGCGGCGUCUCCCUCUCGGGUGGCCAAAAGCAACGCGUCUCCAUCGCCCGCGCCCUCAUCCGCAACCCCCAAGUCCUCCUCCUCGACGAAGCCACCAGCUCUCUCGACUCUGAGAGCGAGAGGCUCGUCCAGGCUGCCUUUGAGCGCGCGGCAAAGGGGAGGACUAUGAUUGCUGUGGCUCAUAGGCUUGCCACCGUGCAGAAUGCUGAUGUAAUCUAUGUCUUUGGUGAGGGUGGUCAUGUGCUUGAAAAGGGGAGUCAUGGACAGCUUCUCAAGAAGAGAGGUGUCUAUUACCAGAUAUGUCAAAACCAGGCUCUUGACCAGUAG